AAAAAGAGAUCUCUCUGAUCUAAACCCCAUUUCCAACCAAUUUCCAAUUCACUUAUGUUCAUUCCAUAUUCUUCUUCUUGUCCUUCAUCAAUCAUAUCCUCCUCCAACUAAUCUUACUCCCUUAUUCGGCCCCAUUUUGACACAUGUUAAGCUAUGAUUGAAGCACGUGUACAAAGUCACCCCCUCUUCAAGAGGGUCUUGUGUUUUUGCUUCCUUGACAAAUCCCAAUCAUGCAAUAACAUGGGUCACCCAUAAUUCCCUCAAGCCAGCCCAAAUUAUUGAAGGGCAGGGGGGAUGGAGGGACCUGAAUUAUGCAUCCAAAAGGCAAAGUAUACAAGUGAGGUAUAAUUAUUCAUGCCAUGAAUUUCUUCCUGAGCAAAGAGUGUAAAAAUUCUUCCCAAUACAUAAAUAAAUAAAAGCAAAAGCAAAACGCCCAAAAGAAAAGAGGCUUUUGCUCUUCUCUUCCCCUUUAGCUUUAUAUAUUUCUCUUCUUAGUAUUUGAUCACUUUCUUCUCCUCUUCUUCUUCUCUCUAUAUGAGAGGCCUUUAGAGAGAAAAAAAAGAGAGCUCGCCAUGAAGAACACCAUUAGGUGUUGCAUUUCUUGCAUUCUUCCCUGUGGAGCUCUUGACGUGAUUCGAAUAGUUCACUCUAAUGGCCAUGUAGAAGAAAUUAGUGGCACCAUCAGAGCAAGCGAGAUCAUGAAGGCUCAUCCAAAGCAUGUUCUGAAGAAACCCUCUUCACCAUCCGAUGAUAGGGUUGUUCCGAAGAUUGUUAUUGUCCCACCGGACGCCGAGCUUCAACGUGGAAAAAUUUAUUUUCUUAUUCCUAUUCCUUCAACACCCCAAAAGACUCGAUCAAAAUCCUCUUAUAAGAAGAAAAGAAGAGACGCUCAAAACAAUAACAAUAAUAUAAGCAACAUGAGCAACACUAUAUCUAUGGCGACCACGAAUCUUCUUAUUUCUGAUCAGUACUUGAGUGAAAUACUAUCUGAAAAAAUAUCGACGGAGAGAGAUCGAAGAAGAGGCCGUGUUGGCAUUUGGAGACCUCAUUUAGAGAGCAUUUCUGAGUCGCCUAGUGAUAUUUAAUGGCACCAGCUGCAGAAUUUUGCCAUGAAAGCUGGAUGAAAAGUGAUUCCCAUCUUCUGAAUCUGCUGUAUUCUUCUAUCUUCUUUCCAAAUUCUUUUGCCGACAAAGGUUGGAGGCCAUUUUCUGGGAGGAAUUAUUCACUGAUUGAACAAUUGCUGGGCCAUUUCAUUUAUUAUAAAUUCAAUCAACCAAACAAAGCACUAAAUAUAAUCACCAAAACAAUGCAUGCUUUAUGCUAAAAAAAUCCCAGGAAGCCUGCAAAUCGCAAUCUUCUUUUACCUUUAAAAUUCAAUCCACUUCAAUUAAGAACCCAAAAAAAACUACAAGUGGGAAUUGCUUUUAAAAAAAAAAAAGAAGGGUAAAAUUCAAGCGGCGCCACUCACUUAGAGCAUCAAAUGGAAUGGCAAAGGUCACAAUCUCUACCUUUUGAUAUGAUUU